AUGCUUGAACAAUCAUGGAAUUUAUUUAAAACAGUCCAUGCUAAACAGUAUAGUUCAAUUUCUGAAGAAUUACAAAGACGUGAUAUAUGGACGAAAAAUAUAGCUAAAAUUCAAGCACAUAAUCUAGAAGCUGAUCUUGGUUUGCAUACCUUUACAAUGAAAAUGAAUAAAUAUGGUGAUUUGUCUGAUGAAGAAUUUCGUAAAACUAUGUAUGGUUUGAAAACAGAUCAGCGGAUAGAAAAGAAUUUUGAUCGACAUACAUUUAUUCCACCAUCAAAUAUUGUACUUCCGGCAGCUAUUGACUGGCGUAAAGAAGGAUAUGUAACAGAUAUUAAAGAUCAACAACAAUGUGGAUCAUGUUGGGCAUUCUCGGCAACAGGAGCAUUAGAAGGACAACAUUUUAAGAAGUACAAGAAGUUAAAUACACUCUCAGAUCAAAAUUUAAUUGAUUGUAGUGGUAAAUAUGGUAACGAAGGUUGCAAUGGUGGUUAUAUGGAUUCAUCAUUUCAAUAUAUUAAAGAUAAUAAAGGAAUUGAUACUCAAGACUCUUAUCCUUACGAAGCUCGAGACGGUGAUUGUCGGUUUAAGGCAGAAAACGUUGGAGCCAAUGAUACGGGUUUUGUCGACAUUAAAACUGGUAAUGAAACUGAUCUUCAAAUAGCAAUAGCCACUGUUGGACCAAUUAGUAUUGCAAUUGAUUGUCAGCAUGAUUCAUUUCGAUUUUAUUCAUCAGGUGUUUAUGAUGAGCCACAGUGUAGUACAAGUAUGCUCGAUUUAGCUAUCUUGGCUGUUGGUUAUGAUACCAUUAAUGGACAGGAUUAUUAUAUUGUCAAAAAUGGAUGGGGAAAAUCUUGGGGAAUGGAAGGUUAUAUUUGGAUGAGUCGAAACAAAAAUAAUCAAUGUGGAAUAGCUACAUUGAGCUCAUAUCCACUUGUUUAA